AUGGCUGGGAAGAAAUGGUUUUACCUUAUUUGGGUGGUGAUAAAUCGAUUUAUGUCUCAUUCGGUGUUUAUACCCCGAGUUGAUAUGCCAACAAGGGGUAAAUUAAAUUUAUUUUGGUGUAGUGGAUCCAUGGCAGGAGUAGCCAUGAUCAUCCAAUUGAUUAGUGGCAUCAUUUGCUCUGUGGAAUAUGUAAAAUUUGUGGGCUCGAUGUUUGGGUUUGGCCAACCAGUUGGUGAACCUGGUCCCAUAAUAGAUGGGUUAUCUCUAGAGUUAUUACGGUUUUUACACUUAUGGGGUGCAAGGUUGCUUUUUGUGUGUUUGUUUGUUCAUAUGGGUCGUGGUAUUUAUUAUAGUAGGUAUAGUAAGAAUCCGAUAAUGUGGAGCCUGGGGGUUGUGUUAUAUGUUCUCAUCAUGGCUGAAGCCUUCUUGGGUUAUUUACUUCCUUGA